CUUCGCCAAAGACAACAACCAACAGCAUGAACUGCCUGUACAUAUCGCUCUUUGCCGCAUUCGCCAUCAGCGCCCACGCUGGCGGUUGGGGAGGCAUCGGGGAGUUGGGAGCCGUAGGUGUGGGAGUAGGUGGAUUGGGCAACAUCGGUGGAUUGGGAUUGGGCCGUGUCAAUGGACUGGGUCUUGGUGGAUGGGGUGGUGCAGGUGGAUGGGGUGGUGUAGGUGGAUGGGGCGGCAAAGCUAUCGCUGUAGCAGUCAAACCAUGGCCUGCUGGUGAUAUCGGUCCGUCAGGAGUUGUUACUGGAGCCGGAGCUGCUGGACCUUCUGGAGUCGUGAAUGGUGCUGGAGCUAGAGGACCAUCAGGAAUUGUAACUGGACUUGGUGCUGUUGGACCAACCGGCCACAAUGGAAGAGGUGUCGCUGUUGCUGUUGCUCCAGCUGUAGUGGCUGCACCAGUUGUUGCUGGCGUUGGCAUUGGAAAUCUUGGACUCGCCGGAGCUGGGCUUGGUGGAGUUGGACUCGGCAGAGUUGGACUUGGCGGAGUUGGACUUGGCGGAAUCGCAGUUGGAGUGUCUGGUGACGGGAGAUGGGAUGACGGAAGAUGGGAUGAUGGAAGGUGGGACGAUGGCAGGUGGGAUGAUGGAAGGUGGGACGACGGUAAAUGGAACGAUGGAAGAUGGGGAGGAGAAGGAAAAUGGUGAAGAUCACUCUAGGAGCCAUAUCACUUUGAAUAUUACAUUAUAUUUAUUCGUUUUUGCUUGAAUUUCAAUAAAAAAUCCAAUAAUUGAUGA